AUGGUUUAUCUGGCAACUCUGGGUGGGGUCAUCUGGUAUGCUGUCCAACAGAGUCACCGAGAUCAAGGCCUAGUUGAGAACAGUGCUCUGAGGAGCCUGGCUAAGGUUGACCACUAUGCCAUCAUCAAGUUCCCCCUCACCACCGAGUCAGCCAUGAAUAAAAUAGAAGACAACAACACACUGGUGUUCAUUGUGGACGUCAAGGCCAACAAGCACCAAAUUAAACAGGCUGUGAAGAAGCUCUAUGACAUUGACCUGGCUAAGGUCAACGCCCUGAGCAGGCCUGAUGGAGAGAAGAAGGCAUAUGUUCGACUGGCUCCUGACUAUGAUGCUUUGGAUGUUGCCAACAAAAUUGGGAUCAUCUAAACUGAGUCCAGCUGGCUAAUUCUAAAUAUAAAAGUUUUCACUAAAAAAAAAAAA